AUGUGGUCCAACAUCAGUGCUGUCCCUUUUCUACUGACUGGCUUCCCAGGUCUGGAGAUAUUUCAUCGUUGGAUUUCCAUCUCCUUCUUUGUCAUCUAUGUCUCCAUACUUCUCAGCAAUGGCACCCUUCUAUUCCUUAUCAGAGAAGAACACACUCUUCAUGAGCCGAUGUACUACUUUCUGGCUAUGCUGGCAGCCACAGACCUUGGAGUGACUUUGACAACAAUGCCUACCGUGCUUGGUGUUCUGUGGCUGAAUCACAGGGAGAUCAGCCAUGAGGCCUGAUACUUCCAGGCCUAUCUAAUCCACUCAUUCUCUAUUGUGGAGUCGGGAGUCUUACUUGUCAUGGCCUAUGAUCGUUUUAUUGCCAUCUGCAAUCCCCUGAGAUACACCUCCAUUCUCACCAACACAACCGUGGUGAAGAUAGGUCUUGGGGUUCUAAUGAGGGGAUUUAUAUUUAUUGUGCCCAUAAUCAUCACCCUUUCUCAAUUCCCCUACUGCAAAUCUCAUGUCCUCUCCCAUGCCUUCUGUCUGCACCAGGAUGUGAUCAAACUGGCCUGUGCUGACAUCACCUUCAACAGACUCUAUCCUAUAGCUGUGGUCUCAUUAACUGGUUUCUCGGACUCUGUGCUUAUCCUUAUCUCUUAUAUCCUAAUUCUUAAGACUGUCAUGGGAAUUGCCUCAGGUAAAGAGCGGGCUAAGGCUCUAAAUACUUGUAUCUCCCAUAUUAGCUGUCUGGUUUUUUAUGUCACUGUCACUGGGCUGACCCUCAUUCAUCGAUUUGGAAAAUAUGUGUCACAUGUAGUGCAUAUUAUCAUGAGCUAUGUCUACUUCCUUCCCCCUUUUGUGAAUUCAAUAAUCUAUAGUAUUAAGACCAAGCAGAUACAGAAUGGUAUCAAUCACCUUCUUUCUUUCCACAGAAUUUGA